AUGGACGACGCCGACCGCGCCGACUUCGACCUCAAGCUCUCGCUCAAGCACUACCUCGACGCCCCCGCCACCGUGCCCACCCCCGACGCCCACCCCGACCUCCUCGACGCCGAGUCCGACCCCGCCUCCCUCUCCAACGCCCAGCUCACCCCCAUCCUCGAGGCCAUCAUCGACUCUGUCGCCGCCUCGCCCGACGCCAUCGCGCGAUCCUCAACCCUCGACUCGCUGCAAUGCCUCCUCAAACUCUUCCCCACGCUCCCCACCCCCGCAAUCGGCAAGAUCGUCGACCUCAUCACCUCCGGCCUCUCCGCGCAAUCCGACAUCCUCGCCUCCGAGAUCGACCACGCCUCCCCCGAGUCCCUCUCCGAGCACCGCCUGCUCCUCGAGAUCUACGGCUUCCUCACGCAAUGGGCCGUCACGGCCGUCGAGUCGCGCGCCGCCGCCGCCGCCGCAUCCUCCACCACCACCACCACAACCACCGCGGCGCGCGCAAAGGGAAAGGGCAAAGGCAAAGCGUCGCAGCAGCAGCAGAGCUGGGACUCGGCGACCCACCUCCUGGCGGCCCUGGAGACGAUGUGUAAGGUGCUGAGGCUCAAGCUGCUGCGCGUGUUUGUGACGACGAGUGAGCGCGACACGUUUGUGAGCCUGUUUACGAGGCCGGCGUAUGUGGUGCUGGAGAGCGAGGCGAGGGUCAAGAAUACGGCGGUCAGGAUGUAUUUGUUUAAGGUGCUGUGUAUUGCGGUGAAGCAUCAUGGGCAUGCGUUUGGCGCCCAAACAUCCAUCGUCCAGAACCUAACCUACUUCGAGCACCUCUCAGAGCCCAUGGCCGAGUUCCUACAGAUCCUCUCCGAGCAAUACGACUACCCCCAGCUCGUCGACGAGAUCCUGCGCGAGCUCUCAAACAAAGAAUUCAACAGCAACGACACGCGCGGCCCCAAGUCCGUCUCGGGCUUCAUCAUCAAGCUCUCCGAGCUCGCCCCGCGCCUCGUAAUCAAGCAGAUGACGCUCCUCAUCAAGCUGCUCGACAGCGAGUCCUACAACCUCCGCUGCGCCGUCCUCGAAGUCCUCGGCAACCUCAUCCUGGACCUGACCCGCACGGCCCCCUCGCACCCGCACACAAAGGCGCAGAUGAAGUCCUUCUUCGACGUUCUCGAGGAGCGCUUCCUCGACGUCAACCCCUACUGCCGCUCCAAGACGAUCCAGGUGUACAUCACCAAGCUGCUGGACCUCGACAACAAGUUCCCGAAGCGCCGGCAGAAGGCGGCGGAUCUUGCGUUGAGGAGCUUGCAGGAUAAGAGCAGCAAUGUAAGGAGGAAUGCGGUGAGGCUGCUGGCGAGGCUGGUGGGGACCCAUCCGUAUGGCGCGCUGCAUGGCGGGACGCUGAGGAUGAGGGAGUGGGCGGAGAGGCUGGCGGGCGUGGAGAGGGAGCUGGGCGCGCUGCAGCCGCCGCCGGGGAUGGAGAAGGCGGCGGUGGGGGAGGAGACGGUGGAUCCGGCGCUGCUUGAUGACGCUACGAUGGUGGAGGGUGAAGAUGACGACGACAACGAAGAAGACCAAGAAGAAGUGGAGGAAGGCGAAGACGGCGAACCUAAGACCCCGCGCCGCAAGAACAAGAAGGCGUCAGCGGCGACACCGGCGGGGCCGACGACCCCGCAGGUGCAGCAGAUGAUGGCGAACUCGGAGGAGAUAUCGCGGCUGCAGCUGACGAGGAGGUAUUAUGCGGAGGCGGUGAGGUUCAUACAGACGGUGCAUGAUGCGUCGAGGCUGGUGUGCCAGCUGCUGGGGUCGAAGAAUAAGAGUGAGGUGGUGGAGGCGAUGGAUUUCUUUAGGGUGCUGGAUGUGCAUAAGGUUGAGACGGCGAAGGACGGGAUCCGGCGCAUGCUCCGUCUCAUCUGGACCAAAGGCAACAGCGACGAAGGCAAGGGCAUCCAAUCACACCUCAUCGAGGUGUACAAGGACCUCUUCUUCGACGCGCCCGACACCUUCUCGCCCAAUGAGACGGCAAACUUCAUCGCGCGCAACAUGAUCUCGCUGACGUUCGACACCACGGCCGCCGAGCUAACCUGUCUCGAGCAGCUGCUCUCCAAGAUGAUGAAGGAGGGCCAUGUCAGCGAUCUCGUCGUGCACAAGCUCUGGCAGAUCUACGGCGUCCAGAAGCGCGAAAUCAGCAAGAACCAGCGCAGGGGCGCGAUCAUCGUCCUAGGCAUGCUAGCGCACGCAGAGCCCGAAAUCGUCGUGAGGGAGCUGGAAACAAUCCUCAGGAUUGGCCUGGGCCGCUAUGGUAGGGCUGACCUGGGUCUGGCUAGGUAUACGUGUUCGGCUUUAAGACAUAUUAGCCCUGUUGGGAGGGCGGCGAAAGGUGAGUAA